GCGUGCCUCUCCGUUUCAUUUUGCGCUCUUUUUCUUUCUUUACUUUCUCUCUCUAAAAAUUUUAUCUCUCUUCAAUGCGGUUUGCGCUAGUUUUCUCUCUCGAUCAAAACCCAACCCAUUUUUCUUGUUCACUUCUUGGUUUUGUUUUGUGUGAUCCAUGAGAUGAUGCGGUUCACUGGUUAUCUCAUUUCUUAUUCUGAAGCGUUCGAUUACAGUGUUUGCAUUCAUGGAAACAGAAAAGGAAUCUGUAUCUUCCUCCAAAGACAAAGAAAUUGGGGAGCCCAAGGUCAUUGCAUGGGAGGAUUUGGAGCAGGAGCUAGCUAGGUUAUGGAGCCUGUCUUCUGCUUUGAAAAAGGCCAAAGAGAAGAAACAAGCCCUUGUUGAGAAGCUAGAGCCACUCAUCAAGGUAAAUGCAGAAUCAGCUUGCCGGUCAAAUGAACUCCAAGAUAUGCUUCAGAGGCUGGAGUCUCGAAAAUGGGCGAUGGGGAACUCAUUGUUGCACUUAAAGAUGACUAAAGAGGAGCUCCAAAGACAUGAGGAGCAGCUUCCCUCAGCAGUUCGGUCGUUGCUACUUGCCAGCAAACAAUGCUCUCUGGCUUCUAGGCAGUUAGAUGAAGCUGAGAAGUUGCUAGCUGGGGAAAGAGGUUAUGGCCAUCUCCAGCAUUUGCAAAAGCUGCUGAGAAUUAGGCAGCAAUACAUGGUUACCCAAGUUUCUUCAAUUUAUCCUGUAAAGUGUUUAGUGGGAAAGACAUCUGAAGAAAAGAUCAAUUCGGAUCAUCGAGGAAAUACAUCAGAGGAGGAUUCUGUAUCAUCUUCAUCACAUGUCUCGAAGCCUAAUAACAACAAUAACAAUAAUACAGAGGCAGCUUCAUCUCUGACCAUUUUGGGUCUGCCACUUCCCACACCUACUUUAAGAAAACCAAGUUUUUUCAGUGAUAAGAAGGAGGCUCAGAGGUCUGCAACUUCUCUUGGCUAUGUAGCACAUGCUGUUUCUCUUAUUGCGUCUUACUUGGAUGUUCCGCUUCGAUAUCCUGUGCACUUGGGAGGUUCACGCUCAUACAUUCAUGACAAUGCACCAUCUGUUGACCCUGUGUCAUCUGAUUUGUCAUUAUCAUCUUCAGAGGUUGUUGUGAGCCCAAAGCCUGUUGAAUUCCCUCUGUUCUUGGAAGGCCAAGAUACAACCAGAGCAGCUUAUGCUAUAUUUUUGUUAAACAAGAUCAUGCCAAAGUGCCUGGAUUGCCUUGGAUCUCUCUCUCUCUCCAUUGCUGGGCAUCUUCCUCAAUUCUGUAAGUUGUCCCUUAUUCCCCAAAUCUUCCUCAUCCUUUUAGAAAAGAGCAAACAGUCCAAAAAUUAUGCAGCAACCAACAUGUUGGGUACCCUAUAUUUCUGUUUCUUUCCGUUAUCAACCUUGUUCCAUUGCUUUUAUACCUUGUUGUUACGGUUAUUUGUGCGUCAUGUUGUUGUCAUAUCCGUAUCUUUUCCUUUCUUGAAUUGCGUGUAACAUCAACUGCUUUAUGUACAGGAAUUUCUUCAUGUUUGUGUAAAAGAGAGAGAGAGAGAGAGAGCUCAAUUGUACCCUAAUGCCCUUAAAUUUUCAUAAAUGUAGGAUUUAGAGCAGCUCUUAAACCACAUCGGAGUAGAGAGUCGGGGGCCUCGUCACGUAUUGGCGAACUUGAAGGAGCUGAUCAGUAGAAUUCUGUCUCAUGGCUUCACAGAUGAGG